AUGAACAGUACUAAUAGUACAACCCAUUCAGUUGAAUCAGCUGAAGCCGAAGUUGAAUGGUGGAGGAUCUUAAUCAUCAUUGUCCUGUCACUACUGACUGGCUUGUUUUCAGGAUUGAACUUAGGUAUCAUCGGCCUUGAUCCAAAUUACUUGGAACUACUUACUUUAGGGCCUUUUGAAACGAAAGAAGAUGAGAGAGAUGCAGCUUAUGCAAAAAAAAUCAUACCUCUCCGUAAAAGAGGAAACUUACUAUUGUGUACCAUUAUUUUGGGGAAUGUGUCAGUAGGAUCAAUCUUGUCAAUUUUCAUGGCCGAAUUAACCAGUGGACUCAUUGGAGUAAUCAUUUCAACUGCGAUUAUAAUGAUCUUUGGAGAAAUUCUUCCAUAGUCAGUCUGUUCAAGACAUGCUCUAGUAAUUGGAGCCUAUACUACUUGGAUUUUAUGGAUAUUUGUGAUACUCUUAUUCCCUAUCGCAUUCCCUAUUUCUGCGAUACUAGAUAAAAUUCUUGGAUAAGAAGAUGGGGAGCAAUAUAACAAAAGUAAAAUGAAGAGACUUUUUGAAAUGUAUGAAAAAGAAAAACUUUUAGAUCCAUCUGAGAGAAAAAUUCUAUCAGCUGCUUUGGAGCUAUAGGAAAAGACAGCAGAGUCUGUAAUGACAAAUCUUGAAGAGACAUUUAUGCUUGAUAUUGAUUCGAUCUUAGAUAAAGAUUUGCUAAGACAUAUAUAUACCAAAGGUUUUAGUAGAAUACCAAUUUACUAGGGUCACAGAGAAAAAAUUGUAGGCAUUUUGAUGGCAAGAGACCUAAUUCUUAUCAAUCCUGAUAAAUAAAGGAUCUCAAUUCGCUAACUAUCAAGCAUUCUAGUGAGGAACGUUAUAUAGAUAGAUCACGCCACUAGAUUAGACCCGAUUCUUACAUACUUCAAGAAAGGGCAAUCACAUUUGGGUAUCAUCACCAAGGUAGAAUAAUAUGAAGAUAGGGAUCCAUAGAUCAAAAUGAUAGGUAUAAUAACACUUGAGGACAUCAUCAAGGAGCUGUUAUAAAAUGAGAAAGAUGAUGGCAUAAACAAGAAAUAGCUUACUUAAGGCUAUAAACAAACUGGAGAAAAGUUAUAGCAUAAAGAGAAACUAGUUUUACUGUUUAGUGGUUCUCAAGCAGGCAAAGAAUUGAGUUCAGAGGAGCUGCUUGCAGUUUGUGAAUUUCUUUAAAAGCAAGUCAAGGCUUUCAACACAACCAGACUCCGCAAGAAGGUUAUGAUUGAGCUCAUAAAGAAUAGUUAGGUCUAAGAGAUCUAUUCAAAUUAUGAUGCAAACUAAUAACGAAAUUUUGGUUUGAAAGAAUCUUUUUGUCAGGGAAAGGAGAUUAAAAUAACAAGCAAGUAAAAUAAGAUAGAGGAUAAAAUUAAAGCAUAUACUUAAAAAAAUAUGCAAAACUACUAUAAUACUAAUGUCUCACCGAGAAGAACCUUCGCCUUUGACGAUAAACCUUCAGAAAGCAAUCAUAUUAGAUCCAGUGAUAUAAAACUUAGAUUAACUGAUGGCACAGCAAUCAAAAACGGAAGUAAUGAUAAUGAUCAAUUAAUCUCCUAAGAUCUGUAGCAAGAUGAUAGUUAAUUCCUUUAUAGAAGAGGUGUUGCUUCUGAAGAUUUUAUUCUACUUUUAUAAGGAAAAGUUCAAGUCUAGAGUGGGUUAGAUCAAUUUUAGGUUACACUCAGCACGUUCAACUACUUUGGAUUAGAUGCUCUGAUCACUGAUAAUUACAUCCCAGAUUACACUGCAAGAGUAUCUAAGUAUGCUAGAAUAAUACGGAUUAGCAGGAUCAACUACAGGAAAGCAAUAUCAGACGUUAAAAAUUUCCUUAAAUGA